AUUCAAACAUUCAAAGACUUUCCAAUUCUCAAUCAACAGCUGUGAAAAAGUGCUUAUUAUUAAAAUGCAAAGCCACCCACAACUUCUUCGAAGACCUUUACCUCCCAGUCUCCCUAAGCUGUCUUUAUGUAAGAAGAAACCCCACGCAGUCAAAGCUGCUGAAACAAAGCCACCACGUGCACGGUUUGUUCAAGAUAAAACCAUUUUAACUGAAAGAGAGAAAACUCGUUUUCCUGAUGUUGUUUCAGGAAAUCAAUCACAACCCCCUGUCAAUAUCCAAAAUCUCCAUCUUGAUCAUCAUGUACGAGAAAGAGUGACUACUCUUUCAACACUCAAGAAAACUUCUAAGAACGUCUAUUGGCACAUUCCAGAGACUGCUACUGGUUCCAUAUUUUUCCCAAUGUGUCCUUCAGCUUCAAGUCGAGUUUUUGGGAAACAAAUAAGCAAGAUAGAAAGUUCAAGAAAACCAGAAGAGCCAUCAAAAAUAAAAAAUACUUACGCCGAUAAUAUUUUUAAAGACAUUAUGAUUGUCUCCUCAGAGUUCCCCAGACGUCCCAGUGCCCCUUCUUCAACGCCUACUCCCAAACUCAAGGAAGUUCACGCUGAGCAUCUACUUUUGUGCAAGAGCACUACCUACAGUUUUAAGCAGCCCCUGUUGCGUCUAAGUGCGGCAAUCCCUGUCCCAAGGACUACACCUGUUAAAGCAGAAAGACAGUGGUUUCACUGUUUACAACAAAAGCAGGCAGCAACACUAACUAUUAGUGAUUUUCCAGGUCCCGUUUUCAUACCGUUACCAAUUUUACCCAGGAAACCUCUAAGACAGUCUGUGAUAGAAACUUGUGUAACACAACAUGAACGUAAGGAAAGUAUCCCAAAGCAAAGCAUGCUAAGCCUACCUGAAGGUGUCAAGUCAAAAAAAAUAGAAACAUCAGUGACACAUACUAUACAAGGUGAAGGCUUUAAGACUGUUGUGGCAACACGAUAUGAAACGAUAACAGCCAUGACCAACCUGGCCACAGUAAACUGUCAGAUAUAUGGGAGAAAUGCGCUUAACCUUAAGGGCUUUUUUCUACUGUAUUGUCCAGAUUUAACACCUUUGGCUUCCCAGUUGGUAUAUCUUAAUUUAUCAUAUAAUAACAUCUUUUACUUUCCCACAGAAAUAUUUUGUCUUAGAAAUUUACAAAUACUGAUUCUGAGAAAUAAUCCUAUCAAAGAAAUCCCUUCUCACAUUCAACAACUUAAGUUCCUUAGAACUUUCAACAUUGCCUUUAAUUUGAUUACUACUCUUCCACUUGGGUUAUUUUACUUGUUUAAUCUUGAGAAACUUGAUAUUUCCUACAAUAGCAUUGCUUUUAUUCCAAAUGAAAUCCAGAAACUCAGAUCACUUAAAAAACUGAUUGUUGACGGGAAUGAACUGACUACUUUUCCACCUGGAAUUUUGAAGCUGACCCUGAGAAAAAUCCUAUUUGAGAAUAAUUUCACUCAUCCUACUCUUUGGAAAGAGAAUUCUGUGAAUAGUCCACAGCGCCUUACUCAACUUACUUCUUUGUUCUUUUUAAAGAAUAAUCUACAUAUGUAUUAUACUGAGAUUCCGGAGAAAAUUCAAAAGUUACUAAAAUGCAUGUCCAGAUGUGAAUGGUGCCAUGGUCCAAAGUUUGGUGAAGGUUUUCGCAUCAUCCGAUCCUAUAAUAUUUUUGGAGCAACACAGCUUCCUGUUCUAUAUCAUGUCUGUUCCUCUUCCUGCUAUAGAAAAGUAAAGGAAAGUAGUGUUGUUUCAGCUAGUGUUUCUGGUAAAGAACAUCUCUAAAUCCCAAGUUGAUGAAUUUAUGAGUCCCACUUUAAAAGCCAUUAAAGUUUCUGUACAUAAUCUUUCAUUUCUUUGAAAAUACAGGUUCUGUGAAGACAUGUCUUCUUGUGUGAAUCCUCUUUGUAAUCCUUAUGAAAGUUUGUGAUAGCAAAUUUUUGCAGAAUACUUACCUAAGCAAAACUCUUUGGAUUUAAAAGAAGGUCUAGAAAAUUUCUUUCUGAAAUGUUUACUAUAAAAAGAAAAAUGCAAAAGAAUUUAUCUUACAAUUGGCCUUUUGCCAUCCAUUCUAAGGGAUAAGACAGUAUUUCAAAGUCGUCAGUGGGGUUUGCGCCUCAUAUGGAUUUAAAGUCAUGUACCCAAGUUCUCAACCUUUGUGUGUUUCUGUGGAAAUCUCUCCAGUGCCAACCAUCUCAAUUGUGGAUUGCUUUGGGGAAUGAAAGAUGAAUUCCAGUACUAUAUUUAGUUGUUUGAAUUCAUUACCCAGGCUCUUAGGAAAUUGGUACAAUCUCUGUUAUCUUGCUGGUCAUCUCACAAAGCCUGAUUCCACAGGCUACUGCCAGCAUUCAAAAGGCUUUCA